AUGUCCUAUCCUCCAUCGUCAAGAUUUCUUCCUCUCAUGCAUGGCUAUUUCAAGCGGGCCGAUGGUCUGGUGCUAGUCUACGACGUCGGGCAAGAGGAUGGAUACGUCAAUCUUCGAUCGUGGUAUCAACGACUGGAGAUUCUCGUGCAAAAAGCGGCCUCCGCCGUCGGAGCAGCCUCGGCGCUGGCUGCUGCCAAAUCACUUGGCGACAAUGUGAAUGGAAAGUCUAAGAACUGUUCGGCAAAAGACUGGCACGGGAGGGAAACAGCCUCGAUGAGAGGUCAUGCGAAUUUGUCGAGUAGAUUUGACGUGGAUACUAGCAGGCAUCAAUCGAGUAGGCCGGUCCUCAUGGUUUUGGGCAACAAAGCAGACAUUGCACACCUUCUUCUGCCUCGGGAGGAACAGGAGGAAGUUGAAGAAGAGCAGAAAGAAGAGGGCAAAGAAAGGGAUAAAGAAGAGGAGAGGGUGGAAUCGGGAGUGACAAAGGAGGGCAAAAUGUCAUCCAGCGAACGAGCAGCCUCCAAGAAGAUGGCACAGCAAUUUGCCAAGGUGAGCAAGACAUGA